UGUGCCACGAGGACUGGAAGCAUAAUUGUGGAUUUUAUUUUUUUGUGACUUCUGGCGGUGUUCUUCUCCACGUGCAACCUGGUGAACACACACACACACGCACACACACAUGUUGGAGUAACGGAGGAGUUUGAGAGCCACAGUCUCUGGUGGUCUGUGCAGAGGAGGAUCAGCACCAUGGUCUUCCCCUCGGAGAGCUCCUGCAACCUGACGGGCUCAGACUGCAGCUUCUCUGAGCUGGAGCACGCCGCCUCAAUGGCUGCUGGGAAUAUCACCGGGAAGAAGAACGACACCGACCCGUUCGGACGCAACGAGGAGGUGGCCAAGCUGGAGAUCACGGUGCUGAGCCUGGCGUUCCUGGCGGCGGUGGUGGGGAACGUGAGCGUGCUGGUGGCUAUGUACCGGACGCGCAGGAAGCCGUCGCGGAUGCACCUGUUCAUGAAGCACCUGAGUCUGGCCGAUCUGGUCGUCGCCUUCUUCCAGGUGCUGCCGCAGCUCUGCUGGAAGAUUACCUUCCUGUUCUACGGCCCGGACUUCCUGUGCCGCAUCGUGAAGCACCUGCAGGUCCUGGGCAUGUUUGCCUCCACCUACAUGAUGGUGAUGAUGACGCUGGACCGCUACAUCGCCAUCUGCCACCCGCUGCAGACGCUGCAGCAGCCAACGCAGCGUGCCCACAUCAUGAUCGGAUCCACCUGGGCCUUCAGCCUGGUGCUCAGCAGCCCACAGUACUUCAUCUUCUCCCUCAGUGAGGUCAAGCCUGGGUCCGGUGUGUACGACUGCUGGGGGCACUUCGUGGAGCCGUGGGGGCUGCGCGCCUACAUCACCUGGAUGACGGUGGACAUUUUCCUGGUGCCCGUGGCGGUGCUGGUGUUCUGCUACAGUUUGAUCUGCUUCACUAUCUGGAGGAACCUGAAGUAUAAGACCUGCAGGAGGACCGGGGGGUCGGCGCCUGAGAGGAUGCUGGGUCGCAGCUCCGUCAGCAGCAUCAGCACCAUCUCCCGCGCCAAGCUGCGUACGGUGAAGAUGACCUUCGUGAUCGUGCUGGCGUACGUGGUGUGCUGGGCGCCGUUCUUCACUGUGCAGAUGUGGUCCGUGUGGGACAAGAGCUUCUCCUGGCACGAGUCGGAGAACACCAUGGUGACGCUGUCCGCCCUGCUGGCCAGCCUCAACAGCUGCUGCAACCCCUGGAUCUACAUGAUCUUCAGCGGACACCUGCUGUCCGACUUCACCGGCAGUCUGCCGUGCUGCCGACCGCUCCGCAGGAAGUUUGGCCAUCAGGACUCGGACAGCAGCAUCCGCAGAACCACGCUGCCGUCCCGCCUGCAGGGAUCCCGCCACUCAGAGCCCUUCAGAGACCUCAACCCUGCCCCAAAAAACUGCCCCCACGUCCAGACUGCAUCCUGACCACCGGACACACCAACCCCGUGCGUUUCAUUUACUGAGAGGAGGCAGAAAACAUGAACUGCUCUGCGGAUUUGUCACAGUAUGAAGGUGAGACCUCACCGACAGGCUGCUUUGGUCCGAUCCAGACUGGAAACGUGUGUUGGUGUUUGUUUGUUGAGCUGCAGUUUUAGAAACUCUUGGAGACUUUGGGCGCUAUUAGCAUGUUGCUCCUUGGUAAUAUAACUUCUUUACAGUAUGAUAGGGCUGCAUGAUAAAAAAUAUAAGAGGAAAUGAUCAGUAUUAAUACUAUCACUAAACAAAUGGUGUGAUUGUUUGAAGAGGAUCUGGACCAAUAGCUAACCAGAAAACAUGAACGUUCCUGCUGGUUUGUGGCACUAAAGAAGGGUUUCUCAUGUCACACCCACAGCCUGUUCCCUUUGGUAUGAUCCAGUGUGCAAACACCACUCCAUAGUAAUAUUAAUGGUGUUUGUUUAGCUCUUAUUAGUCUGCCAGUUUGGACGUUUUGGGGACUAUUAGCAUGUUGGUCUCGUCCACACAAUUUCUCUAGAGUAUGGAAAGCCUGCACGGUUUUCUGAUUGAUUUUCUUGAACCAUUAUGCUCAUAAUCAUUGUAAAAUGUGUACAAAUAUGGAGGAUCUGGACCAGAUAAGGGUCUUUUAUUAAGCCUGUAGAAUACUUGGACUUCUCCAGGAAUUCUUAUUUUUUGCUUUUACCAAAAUUGGGAUAUUUCAGUAGUAAAUUCUACAAUUUUCGGUAACAUUUUUAUACAUUUUGCAACCCAAAAAAGGAACUUUGCUGCUUGUUUGUCGCAGUAGGAAGGUAUGAUCUCAUGUGAGGGGGCGGUCACACCUACGUUCCGUUUUCUUUGGACGAAUACAGAGCGGAAAAAGGUUUAUUCUGGCAAAAUGAACAGUGUUUGUUUGUUUAGCUGCAGCUUUAAUAACUCUUUUGGGCUUUUUUUCACUGACAGCUAUUAGCAUGUUGUCAGCACUCUUUGGUCAUUUAUCUUCUCCUGAAUACGAGCGUCUGUCCACACUGAGAUUCAUUCUGUGAUGCAUGAUGAAAAAUUGGUGUUCAUACAUCAACACACAUCCCCUAAUACACCGUAAACCCUGCUGCUGCUGGGCUGUUAGCUUUAGAUUCUGAGAUUACAGUCACUGAGUAAGCUUGAUAAAACAAAGCUUUUCCCACAUUACCAGCUUAUCAUGGAUAGUGUCCGAGCGUGAUGAGGGACCGGCCGAGAUGGACCCGGCCUGUCUGGGUAAAGAGAGUGGUGCUGGAAUGUCGUAUUUUUGUAGGCUGACCCUAAAAAGGUAGAAUCAUCCACAUUCCCUCCAAAAAGCCAAAGGGAUUUCUCCAUUGGAUAUUGGAAUAUUGAAUGAAAAUAAACUUUAAUCUCAACAUAUUAACACAACUUUAUCAUGUUUGAAGUAAAAAUGUAACCUUAAAGGAACUACAGCAGGGUCACAUGACCUCACGUCCCCACCGCUAAGCUAAAGGCAGCUAAUUUUAGGCUAUGAAGGAACUACAGCACGGUCACAUGACUUCACGUCACCACCGCUAAGCUAAAAGCGGCUAAUGUUGGGCUAUAAAGGAACUACAGCAGGGUCACAUGACCUCACGUCCCCACCGCUAAGCUAAAGGCAGCUAAUUUUAGGCUAUGAAGGAACUACAGCACGGUCACAUGACUUCACGUCACCACCGCUAAGCUAAAAGCGGCUAAUGUUGGGCUAUAAAGGAACUACAGCACGGUCACAUGA